AGAUCAAAUUAUUGAACGCAUAAGCUGCUCGAUUGAUGAGCUUGCCUGGAAAACGCAGUUUUUUUUGCGAUCCAACUACCCAGUAAUUUUCUGACUAAACGCCUCUCAGAAACAUUUGAGGAGUGAAUCUGGUUCGAAAUGGGUCGUGCGUUUCUGACACACAUUGGCACUGGUACCAGGUGCUUCAACUGCAAGGAAUGUGGUACCAAUUUGACCAGCAGAGACGAACUCAUAUCCACUAGAUUCACAGGAGCCACUGGUCGAGCGUUUCUCUUCAGCAGAGCAGUAAAUCUAUUCUACAGCGAAAUACAAGAGCGCCAAAUGCUCACGGGUCGUCACAUGGUUAGAGACGUGUGGUGUCGCAACUGCAGUUCGAAACUGGGCUGGAUCUACGAGUUCGCAACUGAUGACUCGCAGAGGUACAAAGAGGGACGAGUGAUUUUGGAAAGGGCGCUGAUUAAUGAAGUGGAGACGUUUAAAGACGCAAUAAACAGUCAGCUACAUUCCGAUUCUCCUUGAUUGCCUUCUUCAAAAAUAUUAAAUAGAUUAAGUUGUAUUAUAGUUAGUGUAUCACAGUUUAGCUCAUCAGUUAUAUAGAAAUUAAACUCAAGAAAGUAGUGCAAUGAAAUUUAAAAUUAAAUCAU